AUGCUCACGCUGAACAUUGACUGGUUUCAGCCAUUCAAUGGUGUUACCUACUCCUGUGGUGCCAUAUAUCUUGCAAUCAAUAAUCUUCCAUGCAGUGAGCGGUUCAAGAAGGAGAACGUGAUUCUUGUUGGGUUAAUGCCAGAGCCUAAAGAAGCGAGCACUUCUGACAUAAAUAACUAUCUGAAACUGCUUGUGAAUGAGUUGAUGGAGCUGUACAAAGGUAUUAAAAUUAAGACUCACCAAUGUCCAAAUAUUACUUCUAUCCAAGCAGCCCUUCUCAUGGUUGCCUGUGAUAUACCUGCUGCAAAGAAAGUAUGUAGGUUCACAUCCAAUACAAGUACAAAUGCAUGCCACAAGUGUAAGCAUCAAUUUUCAAGGUUGGCUGGAACAAGUUCCGUUGAUUAUUCUGGAUUUGAUUUCUCAAAGUGUCUCCUUCGCACUAAGAAUGACAAUCAUAAGAAUGCAGAGAUCUGGAGAAAUGCAACCAAACCAACUGAGAGACAGUGUCUUGAAGUUACACAUGGUGUUCGCUGGUCCAAACUGCAUCGUCUUCAGUACUUUGACAUUGUCUGCUGCACGAUCAUUGAUCCCAUACACAAUCUUUUCUUAGGCACUGCCAGAAGAAUGCUGGAGAGAUGGGUUGCAAAUGGAUUAAUCAACAAUAAAAAACUCAUUGCCAUGCAAAAGGCUGUUGAGAAGGUAGUGUUGCCGCCCAAUUACAUGUCACUUGGUACAAAGAUUGCCAAGGGAUUUCCCUAUAUGAAGGCUGAUGAGUGGAAGUCUUGGUGCAUUGUGUACUCUCCUGUGGUUCUAAGGAUGUGUUGCCAUUGCCAGAGUUCAAGAACUGGAUAG